UGUUCUCUUCUUUCUUUUACCUUCUGCUUCACUAUGGAACAGCUAUGCCAGCUUUCAGCGCUUUAUGUUCAGAGUCUCACAUUGAAAGAGAAAGUUAGCACCCUAAAAUUUAAAGAGAAAUCAUCAGAAGAUGCACUGAGUUACAAGAACUUGUUAUUAUGGAUGGUUAGAUUGAUUCAUGCAGAUCCCAUGCUGAUGCUAAAUAAUCAAGGGAAAGCAGGACAUGAGAUACAAAGCAGUACUCAAGAACUUAUCAAUGGUCUUGUAGCACUUGUGCACCAGACUUCCAUGCCUGAUGUCUCACAGGAGGCCAUGGAGGCUCUGUUAAUCCUCCAUCAACCUGAUAACAUUGAAAUGUGGAAUCCUGAGGCCCCAAUUAAGACCUUCUGGGAUGUAAGCUCCCAGGUUCUGUUCUCCAUAUCUCAGAAACUCAUUCAACAUCAGAUAUACAACUACUCUGAGAUUCUGAAGUGGUUACGGGAGAUUUUGAAGUGUCGAAAUGCUUUCCUGUUAAGGAAUAAAGAUUAUGCCAAUUUGGGUAGUCAUGUAGCCGUCUCUAGACAGGCACACAUAAAGCUAGAGGUGGUUUUCUUCAUGUACUUAUGGAGUAUUGAAAUAGAUGCUGUUCUUGUGACAAUGUCCUGCUUUGUUCUUUUGUGUGAAGAGGCAGACAUUCGUUGUGGCCAGGAUGAUUUGUCUGUAACCUACUUACUACCAAAUUAUCAUGUCUACCAAGAAUUGGCUGCUGCAAGUACUGUUCUAACAACUG